AUGUUCAAAAGAAGACUACUAUUAUCAACAGUAAUCAUCUUGAUCAUUUAUACCCUGGUGAUACUAUCAAAUCGUCGAAAGAUUGGAGAGAUCAAAGAUUUAAAGAAUGUGGAACCUUUACAAGACGUUGAAGAUGUGGAAAAUUUACAGAUCGAUGAUUUGAUGCAAAGACGUAAACAAUUCAUCAACCCUAUUUAUCGGAAUUGGGAUCCGGACACACGAUCCAAUGUGAAGGAUCAAUGUGAUAAGUACUUCAAUGAACUUGACGAUACUCUGGGGUUUGAAAUCAUCGAUUUAGAACACAUCCAAAGUUAUGAAUUCGAUCCUUUGAUCUAUAAGGAAAAGUAUUGGUUAAGGAAAUAUAGAAGGGAAAUGAGGAUGAGGUUGAGACAGGAAGGUUUACCGGUCACUGGUGAAGAUAUAGCACAAUUACAUCAAAGAUAUAGAGACGAUUUGAAGUACCUUUCAAAUUAUGAGAAUCAAGUAGUACAGGAAUUCAAUCAUAAAAGAGUGUUCGGAAGCUGUUUAUCUAGUUUAAGUGAAGACCAUUGUAGGAAAUUCCAAAAGAAACUCUAUCCUUGGUUAUCUUCAGAGUUCCCCACAGCGAUCAAUUGGAGAUCCGACAAACUGAAAUUAUUUGAUAAAUCCGAUGGCUGUUUCAUUAGACUGUUAGCGGAACAAUCUAAAGGUAGAGGUAUAGUUAUACCUUUCAUAGGUGAUGAUUUCAAAUCUGAUAGGUUGGUGAAGUUAAACAAGCUUGUUAAUGUGUUAAGGGCUCUUAAAAAUGAUUUACCCAUACAAAUCACAUUUAUGAGGAAUUCAUUGACUAAGGAAGAUAUGGCGGGGAUUAUUAAGAACUCUCGGUCAGAGUUGGUGGUACCAACUUCAUUAAAAUCUCAUAGUUUUGGCGAAGAUGAUUUCCCCAAACAGAAUAUCGAGUUCGUCGAUAUGACGGACGUUAUGAAUCAACAACAACAUCCUUUAGUGGCCAAAUCUUAUAAAUUCAACAACCCAACAUUCCUUACAAGUUUAUCAUUACUCUUCAAUUCAUUUGAAGACAUCAUCUUGUUAUCUUUACAAACCAUUCCUUUAACCAAUUUAAACGACCUAUACGACAAUGACAAUUAUAGAAAGUAUGGACAAUUAUUCUUUAAGAAUCCAUCUCAUUUCAAUCAUGAACGAAAAACCACUCGUCCAGGGUUCCAAGAAACUAACGAUCUUAUCAGAACUCACUUCAUGCCCAAUAAAUUCGAUAACUUCUUCUUUGGUAUCAAUCAAGUAAAAGAUGAUAAAAUUUUCGAUUUGACUUUCAGAGAAAACGUCAAGGAUUUGAUGGAUAACGGAAUGAUAGUUAUUAAUAAACCUAAACAUAUGAGUGGGUUAUUGAUCUCUUGUAAUUUCCAAUUAUAUAAGAUCAUAGAAGGAAGAUUCGAGAGUGUUAAAGAUGUUAUGUUCCAAGAUAUUUUUUGGUUAGGUUUAACCAUAGCAGGAACAAAUGAUAGGGUUUAUUUCAAUAGACACUAUCCUGGGGUUCCAGGAAAGUUGACGCCAGCAGAAGAAAAGGAUUUCAAUAAGAUGACCACCUCUCAUGAGUUAUGUUCGUCAUCCUGGUGUCAAAUAAAUGAAGCUGAUGAUUAUACAUUGAUAUAUAUUACAACCCAUCAGUUUGAAAAUUGGUUAAAUGAACCAACUUUCAAAGAAAACCUUCUUAAACGAUUCCCCGAAAAUCCUUUGACUGUUGAAACGGUGUUGAAACCUCCUGAAAUGACAAAAAAGAUCCAUGUGAUAGAAUAUAAGGAACCAAAAUCAGGAUGGUCAUUGAAAGAUGACUUCUCUAACUUCAGAGGUGCACAAUAUUGGUGUGGUUAUGAUAUAAUAGGAGGUCCUAAAACUAACAUCAGAGGUUUAAUCUUAGACUAUGGGAAGAAAUGGCAAACUCAAUUUGAUUAUCUUGUAAAUGUGUGGUUAGAUGUAAUAUAG